UACAACUCAAUGGUAAUGUUGUCAUAGUUAGUUGAUUUUGGCAAAGUUUUGAAACCUUUAGCAGAUCAAGAAGAAAGAUGGCUGCUUGUGUAGAUGCAUACAGUACUGUGAGAAGUGACGAUGAGAAAAUAGUUGAUUCUGAUUCUAAAAAUGGAGAUAUACAUAUAAAGACAUCUCUUUUUCAUGGGCCUGGAUGGUACGUACCAUCUGAACGGCACUGGGUAAACUACGACAAUUACUCCGCACUUCCAAGAAUGACGAGCAGAGAUGCUAUAGAUUUCCAGUCAGAAAAAGAAUUCGUCAAUUUCCUGAAAAAGCGUGACAUACCAAAUUAUAAGAAGAUCACUGCUUACUUUCCCUCUCAUCCUCCUUCUAUCAAGUCGCAAAGCUUUUGCCAGAUACCCUCCUUUCAAGCGAGAUUUGGGAGCCUUAAUGAAACUAACCCAAGUACUAUUCGGAGAGGUGCAGAUUAUUAUGAAUACUACCAAGAGCAAAUUUUCAUCAUUUAGCCUAAUUCUAUAGAAUAAUGAUCUGAAGCUUACAAGAGAUUUUGCAGUUUGAAAAAGUUUGUGAGUAAUAAGAGGUGGCUAAAUUUGAUGUAGCUGUGGAACAUUCAGCUCAUUGUUCAGUGCCACAUUUCUUUUCUCCUUUUUAAAUUACAAUUUUGACUCUGUAAUUCACUUUUCAUAGUUCUUUCGGACUAAUAUUACGUUGAAAGCCACCAUUCAGUCAGAAUAACAGAACUACAUAUACAGUGGGGCCACAAUAUGAUAAGUAAAGUAGUUGAAUUGGUGCACCAAUUGACGAUUGUCAGAAUAAUUCAAUUUAAGUCAGAUAAAACUAGAUUAGCACAACUGUAUGUGUUAUACUUGAAAUUUUUAAUAAGAUUUCGAUCAAAUACAAAGGAAUCAUCAGUAAUUACAAAUACAUAUAUUCAACAAAAACGGAAGCAUCAAAUUUUUUUUUCGAUUUUAUAAUCUUUUUAUAAACAAGCUAUACAGAAAUUAAUUCCUACAAAACAUUUAAUCUCCACUCGUUGGUUGUCUUGAUUAGUAAUAAUAGAUUUCAUUAACAGUUUUACUCAGACAAAAUGCAACCACUAUGAUUAAAAUCCUUUGAAUUCGAUACUCAAUAGUGAAUAAAUUUCAGUAAAAUGUUGCGAUGAGACAUUUCAACUCCCUGAUAACUAAAUUGAGCAUUACUUGAGUGCUUCUGAAAUCUUCCGAUGGUAAAGUUGAUGUGCGAUGAAUAGUAAGAAAACUGAAGAUUUGAAACGUUAAGACUAAAAAUGAUAUUUUCUCUAUCUUACUUUGCACGUUUUGUGGGUUUCAGUGCUCGUGUGUUGUAAAUCAAUCAACAAUAUGUGACCAGAUAUGACGUUAAUAGCACAAUAUUUAGUUUCUAGUACUAUGUCAAGCCCGCAUUGGUUAUUCUAGAUUCCGGACAGGUUAAUUAAUUUAUCCUUUUGGAAUCACAUUUUGACCUUUUCAAUCAUUCGCUUAUGAAAGUGCCUGCUUUUAUGUGAAGUAUAUGUAUUUAUCGCUUACUCUAUUCAUCAGAUAUCGUUAACUUGUUUUUGUCAGGCUAUUGAGUCAAUAUUCAUUGAAAUGUAUAUGAAUGUUUGACUUCUUUGAUCCACCUCUCAGCUUUAUUUCGACUGCUUUCUGUCAGGAACAACAAGCGCUACAAAUAUGAGUAUCAAAAACUCAUUUCCACACUUGUUUUAUUUUAUCUCGUUAAGUUGAUAAUUAUAUACGAGGAUGGGAAACAUGUAUAUUUCGUUGAUAUCAUCCAACCGGACUAAGACCAGUAGACAACAAAAAAUACAAUAAGGCUAUAUCAUUCUCGUUUAUCAUAGAACUCAAAUAUAUUUGUUGCAACAGCUCCAUCUUUUUAAGUAACAUUAUACGUUCUCGCCAUUUUGAUACAAUUAUGACCUUUUUUCAGUAAUCCUAUAUUUUUCUGUACGUGCAAAAGUGUGAAUGCUUCGUACAUAGUAAUGUUAAGGGGCUGUAAAAUUCAAAAUGUUUGAAUGCACCCAGAAGUUACGUCAAAAUAUUUCUAGCAUUUUUGAGGCCAUUAUACCCUGGAAAUAUGUACGUCGACAAUUUAGAGUUUAAGGGGUUGUCUACAUAAAUAUGGUGUUAACAUAAGUAUGGUGUUAUUACUUUUGAUUCUUUUUGAGUUAUUUUGUCACUAUAACCGUUGCUACGUGGCUAAAGUAUGUAAUUUGGAUUAUCUCUAAGACAUCUACUUGUCUUACAAUAAUCACCAGUGAGUUAAAUUAUUGUAUAACUCAUCAAGUAGAAGUACCAUUUCGCUUCAACUCUCCUACGCAAGCUUUAUGAAAUAUCAACAAGCCUAGAGAACAUUUAAAAUGCAUGUGCCUAUGUCUAGAGUCAUGAGAGCAAACUCGUUUAUUAGUGACGUCUUAAUCUGUUUCGAGCACGUUUGUAGAGUUAAAACCACUGGUAUCUUCCAAAUACGUUUAAGACGAUAACCCUGUACUUUUGUACGUCAGUAUAUGUAAACAGCAUGAAAUUUUCGAAAUCACAUCUAAUUUUCAGUACCGAAUUUUCCACGAGUCCAUAAUGCAAGUAUACAAAAGCGUCAGUUUACCGAGAAUUCAAAAAACAUUCCCGUUGAGAUAUUGAUAUGUUAAGUUGAACGAUCAAAUCUUUCUUUUCAAAUAAAUCUUCAUCUUUGCUCUACACUAUAUAUAUGCUUUAUACGUCAUUAGGUCGACGCCACCAAAUUCACUACUCUGGUUCCGGAAUUCGACUCUUACAUACAACAGAAGCCAUAAAAAUACAUAUUAAAAAAUCUAACCUUUGUAUGAAGAGGUCUAUACAGCCUCUGAAUCUUCCCUGGCCAUCCAUUUGAACGCUAUCAUGUGUUUAAAAACAUUUCUUUCUCCCCCCAUAAAAGUUCUCGAAUCUCCAUUUUGUUAAAAUGUUAGUUUCUAAUUAUAAUCUUACAUAUCCUGUUUGUUAAUCAUAGCAUCUAAUUUUCACUGCUAAUACUAAAUCCCGUCCUACUUGUCAUUAAUUUCACAGAUAACAAAAGACAUUUAUAUAUGUAUCAGAAAGGGUUUUGUGGAGAUUGUAGUAAUUUCAACAGU